UUAAAUAUAUAAUAACGAAGAAGUAAAACAUUUUAUUCGGUGGUGCUCUCUCCGAUGACCGCACUUCUCCUAAUUCGCAGGGCGGGCGAUCCUUCUCCACCUCUAUCCCGUUCCGAGCAUGAUGACAUCGACAGCGCCGACCGCCGUAUCCGUCGGCGCCUCAGCCCCCGGCUAUCCGAAUUCCGUCGACUCUUCUCCGCGCUCAGGCCGCGGUGACUCCUUGAACGAGCCUCUCGCUUCGUCCGCCGCGGCGGCCUCGUCGCGCCUCCGCGUCAUGUGCAGCUACGGUGGCCGCAUCGUCCCCCGCCCCGCCGACAAGUCGCUCUGCUACCUUGGCGGCGAGACCCGCAUGGUCACCGUCGACCGCGGCUCCUCCUUCGCCGACCUCUCCGCCAAGCUGUCCCGCGACCUCCUCGGUGGCCGGCCCUUCUCCCUCAAGUACCAGCUCCCUAACGAGGACCUCGACGCCCUCAUCUCCGUCACCACCGACGAGGACCUCGAGAACAUGAUCGAAGAGCUCGAUCGCAUCUCCGCUGCCACCGCGGCUCCGACCUCCCCCGGAGGCGGUGGAUCGAGGCGCUCUCGCCGCCCCCGGCUGUUCUUGUUCCCUUCGAACCCGGAGUCGGCUCCAUCGUCCUUCAUGGGGUCAUUGUUGGACGAGUCGAAGUCGGAGACGUGGUUCGUGGACGCCCUAAAUACCGCGAUCGGCGGGAUGGGCAUCGACGGUCUCCCCUGCGGUCGUUCCACCGACUCCGCCUCCGUCGUCUGCCUCCUCGGCCUCGAGGACGACUCUUCCGUCCACAACCGCAGCGGCGGCGGCCAACAGCCGGAGUCCGUGCAGGUCGUCCUCCCCCACCGCGACUCCUCAGGCACGCUCGUCCGCCAUGGCCAGAACCUCAACUCCGUCCCCGGUUCGCCGAUGCUCGAUAAAUCUCCAUCCUUGGGAUCCAACUCGUCGACUCCAUCCCUCUCCAAUCUCCCAUCCAUCCUUGUUACCACCGCCGAUCUCCAUGCCGAUCGCCACAUCAAUGGUGUGGACGAUCACUUCGCCCACAUGAAUCCCUCAACCGACAAAGAGCCAUUGCAUGCCGUCCGCCACCAGCCCCCUCCGCCCCUUCCUCUCCCAAUCGCUUCUGUUCCCACUCCCACCAUCUACCCAACGAGUAGAGACUUCGACGACGACGACGACAGGUCCAACCACGGUGGUAGCGUCCUUGAGCCGCCGCAACCUACAAAACCUGGUGAUCCAGUGUCAAGGCUGACGUACCUGAAUGCAAUCUCGGAUCCCAAGGUCUCCUUUGAUCCUACCUAUCGUGUUCCGGUGCCGGUCACGGGUUGUGUGUCGCCACCGACACAGGCAGAGCAUAUACUGCAGCACCAACAGUCUCAGCCACAGUUCAUCCCGCCAAAUGCCCGUUACAUCCACCACCCAGCGGUCGGGACCGUCCUCCCCGUUCCUUCCUACUACCCUAUCGCAGCCCCUCCGGUGCAGCAGCCAACACCGACCCAACCAUUCCAUCCCCAAUUUCGAAUGUGCUACGUGCCUUUAGCUGCAGCUCCGCCCAAUUUGGGGGAUCCCAGUUCUGUACCACCAUCAGCAAAGCUGGCUGUGGCAGUGCCUAGUGUUCCAACGAAGCCCGAGUUGCCGGUAAAUUCGUACAUGUCGGCACCUGCACCUGCACCUGCACCUGCUUCGUUGCAGCCGCAGCUGAUCCGUGUAGCUAGCAAUCCUCACGCGGGAACAGGCUAUCAUGUGAUGCAGCAGCAAGCCCUCCUGCCUCGGACACCAGCAACAUCGGUUACUUACGGUGCUGAAGUCGCCGCCACACCCGGCCAUCCGGCGCUCUACCACGCUCGGGCCUUUUCGAGACCGGUAGUGAUCCCUCAGCAGUAUCAGACAGUGUGUUCCACGGCUGUGACUCGUCAUGCCGCAGCUCCUGGAGAUUCCAACACAUCCGGAGCAUCAUGAUCACGAAUCAGAACCUUGAUUAAAAGAAAGGAUUCUUUGUUUUUUUGACUGGAGGGAAGGGGUGUCUUGAUCUGCUGCUGCUGCUGCUUAUGUUGUCAAGCGCUUUAGUCUCUCUAUUGAGAUAGCAACAAAGGGAAUAGGUUUGCAGUCGAGGGUUUCAGGAUCCAUCCCUCGACUGCUGCUGGGGCCAUAUUCCUCAUGUUGAUAUAUCGUGGUAUUAUAAUAAAGUUGAGUCAUUCCUUGAAAUGGAGCUCAGCUGGUUGUACACAUUAAAUUCUGCUACUCCUUUUCAGAACAAAAUCUCGUUUGCUCGUCUUUCUUAAUUAAUGAGAUGCAGUUACCAAAUGCUAUUCUAUUUAUCUUCUUUCUUUGUUGUUGUGAGGCUGAAGUAGUAACAACAACAAAUUGAUUUCGGGAUAGCUACGAUCAGUCUACACGAGGGAGGUUGGUUGGAUCUCUUAAAUUUGAUUGGGCGUUCACCAAGUUGUUCAUGAAGGAUGGGACAGUUUACAGCUCCUCCGAGCAUGUGAAUGGCCUACUCAUUUCAUUCUCAUCACCAAAGUUAUAUCUUAAUACGGAGGACACCAUGGUCAUGUUUUCAGCUAGCUAUACUCCCAAGUCUGAUUCUAGCAGAUCAUGGUUGUUUGGUUGCUAAACAUGGGUUGUAAUCAACAUGAAAGGCUUCAUCCAGAUGCAACAUCUCCACUAUUGCACAUCAAGGACUAAACUCUCAGUUUGUGAGAAUUUAAUGGCACUGCCAAAUAGAUAUGGUCAGGAACCAACCAUCAGAUCCACCAAGAAAAGUAUCCUCUGGAAAAUAUCAUACAAUAUUUGCAUGAAGGAAUAGGCAACUAAAUGCAGCUCCAUAAUUAGCCGGACUGUCAUAGUCAAUCCAUGCUGCCUAGAUACCAGGUUAGUCUCAAGCGAAGCUAAACAACACUUGAAACCAAAGUCAGAAGAAUGACAACCCCAAAGAAGAAGUGGAGCACAAGAUUUGUUCAUGGCACUUGUAAUGUGUCAUAGUAGUAAAGUAACCUCACAAAACAAAACGCAGCCCUCUAAUUUGCAAUCUUGUAGCAGCUCAGAUGCCAAUCAGUGCAUUAAAGGGGAUGAUCAAUCUCAGGGGAAUCAAUAACAACAGAUGAUGUCUAACCACGAGCAACCAUCACUUACAAUGACCCAAGUUGCAUCUUUGCAAGGGCCAUCACCAUAGCUAUA